AUGGGCAAGCUGACCAGCACAAUCGGUAUCCCGAUCAAGCUUUUGAAUGAAGCGCAGGGCCAUGUCGUCACCCUAGAAAUCACCUCCGGCGUCGUCUACCGUGGGAAACUACUUGAAGCGGAGGACAACAUGAACGUCCAGUUGAAAGAUAUCACUGUCACAGCGCGCGAUGGCCGCGUCUCCCAUCUCGACCAGGUCUACAUCCGUGGAAGCCACGUUCGGUUCUUCAUUGUCCCUGAUAUGCUUCGGAAUGCUCCCAUGUUCCGCUCACGGGGCCAGCGCGGCAGAGGUGUUGGUCUUGCCCGUGGUAAGGCGACGGUGCAGAGGGCUCGGGGGCAGAGACGGGGGUAG